AUGGCUUCCAUCUACCAACCAAGGCCAGUCCUUGCCUCACAAGGAAUUUCACAUGCACCAGAGUACGUCGACGCAAGACGGACUGUCCAUGGCGGCAGACAGCCUCUCCGUGAGGCUGCUGGCAAUGCCCAAGCACAUAGCUUCAACAGCAACAUCCCGUGUUACCAGACCCCGGUAUCUUCGCUGCCACCAACUAUUCCUCCUCAUAUAGUACCAUCACAAUCCAUCGAUGUCAUUUAUUCCAGGCUUCAGACACCUCGUCAUCAGCCCCGGCAAGUUCGCAAGAGCCGACAGGAUAUCAACCCUCUCUACUACUGGCCGGCCUUUAAACACUACCGCAAUCGACAGGCUCACAAGGACACUCAAAAGGAUAAAGGCGGCGUCUGGCGCCGACCCGAGCUCGAAGAUGCCUUUGUCGACUCCGUGCUUCUCAUGCCUCACAUGGGCCGGCGGAAAUUUUCCAUGGGGGGCAAGCUGCAUGGCCGAAACAUGCUCAUCAGCGAAUACAUCUUUGUUAUCUGCGUAGCGCUGCUGGGUAGCAAAGAAAUCUUCCGCAUUGACAACAGCAAUGACAGCAUUGAACAAAUGGGACGCAAACAAGUGUCCAGCCACAUGCAAGUUGUCAAAAAGUUUUUUGAAGAUCUACGGUGCUUUCAUUUUCUGUUUCCUUCUGAAGAGAAGAAGGAGCCCGGAUCAACCAACUCUGACGAUUAUUAUGAUGAAGAAGAGCAAGAGUCGUUCAAGUCCAACCCCAUCUUGACGGCGUUGGCUGAGGGGCGAGUGCCCGAAGUGAGACCCAACUACGACUACUUUACCCAGCUACUGUCGCUGCAGGGAUCCAUCUCAGUGCGGCCCAAAACGUGCGAGAUCUAUGUUUCUUCGGCAGAGAUUAAAAUCCGGGACGACGUGGCCUACGACGCAAACAACACCCCCCUGGACCAAGCUUCAUUUCCCCAUUUGAACAAGUACACCAACUGCGACGACUUCCCCGAUGCCCUGGGCAAGGACGUCCUGUUGCACGAAUACACUCGAGCUCUGGAUCGGGCAACCUCAGCAUGUUUGAAGACGGUAAUUCGGCGUUGGCAAAAGGAUGCGCCAGCCAUGUACGAGACGCUCGACCUGCCCACUCGGGACCAAGACUGCCUCUUGCUGGAAAUCUGCUCGACGCUGGAGCUGCACGAACACGCCAAGUUCCCCUCAGGAUCAGAACUCACCGGUUUUGUUGAGGUGGCCAUCACGCAGCCGGAGCUGCAACAGCAUCACUGGAAGUGCGUCACCCGAUUGACACGACCAGAUGAGCUGUACGGAGACGACUCCAAGCGUGGCGUCUACACCAAUGAGAGCGGCAUUCACCAUCGGGGAUGCAGCGACUCCAAAAUGAACGACUGCAAUUGCCACAUGCGGCCCCGACAGGACAUCCACGUGCCCUUCCCUGCAGUGGAGUGGGCCAGCAUCUUGAGCACAGCCGUGCAAUACCCAGACGUCGAGCACCAACGCAAGAAGGAGAAGCGCCACGAAUCGAAGAAGCAGCACGAGCUAGGGAGGGCCGGUAGUAAGCGCAAGAGAUCUGAGGACGAGGGCGAUGCGGCGUCAUGGAGCCGCCGCGAGCCAACGGGCAGCGACCUCAUCUGCAAAGUUGCCAUGUACCAAGAGCUAUGGUCCCGUGCUCCCGACUCCUCGCAGUGGAAGAGGCAGGCCAUCAUCUUCUGGCGCUUCAACACCACGAAUCAAUGGUACAAGUACAACCCGGUCUUCAAGCCCUCGGGGACUUCUUGGAGAUGGCUCACCAUCAACGACCCCAUGUCGCGAUAUCACCAACAAAAGGCUCUGGUCUAUCCCUCGGCCGGCGUGUCAAGAGACGCCGUCAUGUCACCGACACCCAGUGUGAGCCAGCAGCUCGCAGGCAUCAUGAACGAGAACAUGAACACGGCUUGGACUAGCGGUGCGGGCGUUGCGCAAGUACCACCAGUACAAACAAACAUCAACGUGUUUGACUUUCCGACAGGGCUAGCCACACCUGCCCCAACGGCGACUAUCCAUGGCCCUUAUGCGGGUGGGAGCUUUGAUCCCAACAUGGCCUCGAUGCCGGAUGUGAACAACUACCUGCCAACAGUGAGCACGACAGCGGGCGGGGCGGCGAGUGAGCGCUCACAUUCACUGUCGUUGGCUCACAACCCUUCCUACUUUGAGGGACAGGCUGGCUUCCCCGACAUGAAGCCCAUGACUACGGCUAGUGUGAAUCAGUACCUUGCUGCAACCACAGCGGCCUCAUUAGAUCUGUCAACUCAACUCGUAUACGACGACACCACUAGCAUCACUGCCUGGGACAUACCAAAUCUGGAUACAUGGCCUGGCCCUGCCACAUCGACUCAGGCAGGCAACGAAUGGGCGACUGCCCCCUCGACGCAGCCAAGAGCGGAUCCCAGUGACCACGCUGGGCUGUGGAAUCCAACCCAAUGGCAUAUCGCGGGUGUUGCAACCACACCGGCAUCCGCGGGGGCUGAGCACGACGACAGCCCUAGGUCGAUGAAGAGGCGACGGACGGAGCCCUCGAUGAGCACACAUGUGCCUAUUCCUAAUGACUGGUAG